AUGGCCUUGGCCCAGCGGCAAGUGGUGGUGCAGGAAGGGCCCCUCUACCGCACAGAGGGGUCCCACGUCACGCUGUGGUGCAAGGUGAGCGGCUACCAGGGCCCGGCAGAGCAGAACUUCCAGUGGUCCAUCUACCUGCCCUCGGCCCCGGAGCGGGAGGUGCAGAUCGUCAGCACCAUCGACCCCUCCUUCCCCUACGCCAUCUACACCCAGCGGGUGCGCAGCCGGGGGAUCUACGUGGAGCGGGUGCAGGGGGACGCCGUCCUGCUGCACAUCACCGAGCUGCAGGACCGGGACGCCGGAGAGUAUGAGUGCCACACGCCCAACACCGACGAGAGGUACUUUGGGAGUUACAGCGCCAAGAUGAACCUCAUGGUGAUCCCCGACUCGCUGCGAGUGACGGCGGUCCCGCAGACACUGAACAAAGUGGAGCGUGACUCCUUGGAGCUGAAGUGUGAGGUGUCCAAGAGCACGGCCCAGCACAGCCACGUCUCCAUCGCCUGGUACCGGCAGCGAGGCAGCGAGGUGCCCGUGGAGGUCAUCUCCCUCAGCCGCGACUUCGUCCUGCGGGCCGGCAGCGCCUACGCCCAGCGGCAAGCCACGGGGGACGUUCGCUUGGACAAAGUAGGGGAGACCACCUCAAAGCUCACCAUCUACAACCUCCACCCAUCAGAUCAGGGCGAGUUUUACUGCGAGGCGGCAGAGUGGAUCCAGGACCCAGACAAGUCUUGGUACGCCAUGACCCGCAAGCGUUCCCAGGGAGCCAUCGUCAAUGUGCAAGCCACCGAUAAGGAGUUCAGCGUCCGGCUGGAGACGGAGAAGCGGACGUACAUCGUGGGUGAGCCAGUGGAGUUUCGGUGCAUCCUGGAGGCACAGAACGUCCCUGACCGCUACUUCUCCAUCUCCUGGGCCUUCAACAGCUCCCUCAUUGCCAGCCUGGGGCCCAACGCCGUGCCGGUGCUCAACAACGAGUUUGCCCAGCGCGAGGCCCUGGGCCAGCUUAAGGUAGCCAAAGAAAGCGACAAUGUUUUUGUGCUGAAGAUCUAUCGCCUCCGCCUUGAGGACAGUGGCAAGUACAACUGCCGGGUGACUGAGCGGGAAAAGACCGUGACAGGGGACUUCAUCGACAAGGAGAGCAAGCGGCCAAAGAACAUCCCCAUCACUGUCCUGCCGCUCAAGACCAGCAUCUCCUUGGAGAUUAUCAACAAUGCCAGCAAUGUCUUGGAGGGGGAGAGCCUGCGCUUUGGCUGCAACGUGCGCUCGGGCUUUGGGCCCCAAAGCCGCCUCUCUGUCGCCUGGCAGCUGGUGGACAAGCUGAACCGGCGCAGCGAAAUUGUGCGUCUGGAUCGGGAGGGCACCUUGCAGCCGGGCCCCUCAUACGCCGAGCGCAGCAGUUAUGGGGGCAUCCAGGUGGAGCAGGUCCGGCCCGGCUCCUUCACCCUGGAGAUCUUCAACAGCAUCAAGGCGGAUGAGGGCCACUACGAGUGCCGGGUGGCCGAGUGGACGCGGACACUGGAUGGGGAGUGGCAGAUGGUUGGGGAGCGGCACGCGGGCACCCCGGUGUCCAUCACUGCUCUGGAGGCCGGCUUUGCUGUCACAGCCAUCUCCCGCACCCCCGGGGUGACCUACAACGAGUCCUUCGACCUUCAGUGCAUCAUCAAGCCCCACUACCCGUCGUGGGUACCAGUGUCGGUGACGUGGCGUUUCCAGCCAGCGGGUAGCACAGAGUUUCACGACCUGGUCACCUUCACGCGUGACGGUGGCGUCCAGUGGGGCGACAGGUACAUGGGUUUCCGGACCCGCACCGCCAUCGAGAAGGCCGAGUCCAGCAACAACGUGCGCCUGAGCAUCAGCAGGGCAAGCGACACGGAGGCCGGCAAGUACCAGUGUGUGGCCGAGCUCUGGAGGAAGAACUACAACAGCAGCUGGACACGGCUGGCGGACAGAACCUCCAAUCUGCUGGAAAUAAGGGUCCUACGGCCAGUGACCAAGCUGCAGGUGAGCAAGUCGAAGCGGAGCAUCACGCUGGUGGAGAACCGGCCCAUCCCCCUCAACUGCUCGGUGAAAUCCCAGACCAGCCCCGACUCGCACUUCGCCGUGCUGUGGUACGUCCACAAGCCCUCCGACGCCGACGGCAAGCUCAUCCUGAAGACCACCCACAGCUCGGCCUUUGAGUACGGCACCUACGCGGAGGAGGAAGGGCUGCGGGGCCGGCUGCAGUUCGAGCGCUCGGCGUCGGGCGGGCUCUUCAGCCUACGUGCAGCGCGGACGGAGGUCACCGUCAAGCAGCCAGAUAACCGCCUGCAGGUGAACCAGACCCACAAGAACAUCACAGUGCUGGAGAACCAGUGGGUGACCCUGGAGUGCCUGGUCAGCAGCCGGACCAGCCCCUCGUCCCAGCUCUCAGUGGAGUGGUACGUCUGGCGGCCAGGCCACCCGGAGAAGGAGGCGGUGGCCCAGCUGAGCCGGCAGAGCACCCUGCGUUAUGGGGACCUGGCAGUGCUGGGUGACCUGCGGAGCCGGCUGCACCUGGAGAGCCCGUCCCCGGGUCUCUACCUCCUUUCCAUCCAAAAUGCCACCGUGCGGGACAGCGGGGUCUACGACUGCCGCGUGGAGGAGUGGCUCCUUGACCCCAGUGACCGCUGGUACAAGCGGGCAGAGGACCUCUCCGGACUCACCACCCUCACCGUCAAGCAGCCAGACCCCACCUUGCAGGUGGACACAGCCACCGCCAACCUCACAGUGCAGGAGAAGGAGUCCUUCCCGCUGGACUGCAGCAUCCUCUCCCGCUCCAGCCCGGAGUCCCACUUUGCAGUGACAUGGUACAACCUGCGGGCCAAAGAGGCAGGCGGCCGUGCGGAGGAGGAGGAGGAGGAAGAGGAGGAGGAGAGGGAGGCGGUGCUGAGCGUGGGCCCCGAUGCUGUUUUCAGCCCCGAGGCCGGUCGGUGGGAGGGCCGCCUGCGCUUCCAGAGGCUCUCGGCCGUGCUCUUCCGGCUGACAGUGCUGCAGGCCGGCGGUGCCGACACGGGCAACUACUCGUGCCGCGUGGAGGAGUGGCUGGCGGACCCCAAUGGCGUGUGGUACCGGCUGGCGGAGGAGGAGUCGGGGACGGUCGCCGUUCACGUGCAGGAUGCAGGCUCCACCCUGCAGUCUGUCAUCUGCUCCAACGACGCCCUCUUCUACUUUGUGUUCUUCUACCCGUUCCCCAUCUUCGGCAUCUUGAUCAUCACCAUCCUCCUGGUGCGGUUCAAGAGCCGAAACUCCAGCAAGAACUCGGAGGGCAAGAACGGGGUCCCCUUGCUGUGGAUCAAAGAGCCUCACCUCAACUACUCUCCCACUUGCCUAGAGCCACCGGUCCUCAGCAUCCACCCAGGAACCAUAGACUAAAGAGGCAGAGGCGCCCAGGGAACGCGCAGAGAGAGGAAGCAGAGACACACCGGGAACGCUAGGGAACAGAGUGGGUUUUGUUGUUCUUGUUUCAUUUGUUUCAGUGUCUGUGCUCUGGCGUGGCGGAUGAGCUCCGCAGAGCGCUCAGCCGGCGGGGACAGGAAAGUCUGAGGCUUUCUCCAGCACCUGUAGGAACACACUCGAUCACCCCGACGGACGGAAGGUCCCUGUGCUUGCUGUACAUAGCAGAUGUUCCUCUCGGACUAAUUUUGCUCCCGUCAGUUGCUGUCCUUUGGGCUGUUACUUUUUUGUUGUCGUUUCUUUUUUGGUCUCUCCAAGAACUGUAGGCUUCCCCCACCCUCCACACAGCGAGGAGUUCCCAGGGGGC